AUGCUUGUUCCUUUCUUUCUUAUCAAUCUUGUUCUAAGAAUCUUAAGGUUCAAAUUAUUGAAGAAGCCUUGUCAACCAUGGCUUAAAUCUCCCGUUUCCUUUACUUUCUUUAGGGGUGGCAGUUCUGGAAUGGAUGUAUAUAAUGCUCCUGAACAAGGACAUGCAGAUGCAUAUCUUAACUAUGGAUAUAUUUGUACAGCAUUUGAAUCACCUGGCGACUGGGAUGACCACCAUCGGAUUUUUGGUCUGGAUGGUCAAGAAAUUCAGUACACGGGAGUGUCAAAUGAAGGUGUUCCGUAUGUAUAUUAUACACCAAACUAUGGAUAUGCACAAUCUCCAUAUAACCCAUACAACCCUUAUAUUCCUGGUGCAAUGGUGGGAGUUGAUGGAUCAUUUGUGGGGGCACAACAGUAUUAUACGAUACCUCCAUAUGAAAAUACUGUUUCUUCACCUGCUUACAUCUCCGUGAUUGCAAAUAAUACAACAGACCCGUUUGUUGACAAUGAUGUAUCUGCUAAUCGAGCUGGUGGUCCAGCUCUUAAGAACAAUCUUUCUUCAAAAUCUACUAAAUUUUCUCCUACUCAAUUAAGGACUGCUACUAGCCAGACUAAUACAGCUAUCGAAAAUGCUGGAUCUAGCAAACAGCCUAUGAUUCAUGGAAAUGUUACUUCUAGAAGUUUUCCCAGUUCGACAUCAUUACAAAUUCCCCAGGGUAGAAGUGAUGUAAUUAAGGAAAAUGCUCCAAACGGAAAGGCAUUUUCUAGUCAAAGUCCCUUAAAAUAUGCUCUCCCUUCUGGCAAUGGCUUCUCUAGUAUUGAGCCAAGCAAUUAUUCCCAGGCUUCAUCAGAUAAAGUUAGGCCCAACGUACUCCGUGGAAGAGCUCCGGAUGAGAUAAAAGUUAGUGAUGGUCUGUCGACCGAACAAAAUCGAGGACCUAGAACUAAAAAAUCGAAAAAUCAAUUGGCGGUUAAAGCCUACACAACAAGGGCCGGAGAUUCUGAUGCACUAGGAAACAUUAUUAUCCAUACUGAUCAUUAUAACAAGGGUGAUUUUUCAGUUGAUUAUACAAAUGCUAAGUUCUUUGUAAUCAAAUCAUAUAGUGAGGAUGACGUGCACAAGAGUAUAAAAUACAAUGUGUGGUCAUCUACACCUAAUGGAAACAAGAAGCUAAACUGCGCAUAUGAAGAUGCCCAGAGAAUAGCUGCUGCAGAUUCAAGAGGCUGCCGCAUUUUCCUCUUCUUCUCCGUUAAUGCCAGUGGCCAGUUUUGCGGUGUUGCCGAAAUGAUUGGUCCUGUAGAUUUUCACAAAGAUAUGGAUUUCUGGCAGCAAGACAAGUGGAGUGGUAGCUUUCCUGUCAAGUGGCACAUUGUAAAGGAUGUGCCAAACCCAAAUUUUAGACACAUAAUACUAGAAAACAAUGAGAAUAAGCCAGUGACCAACAGCAGAGACACACAAGAGAUACACUACAAGAAAGGCAUGGAGAUGCUGAAGAUAUUCAAGAACUAUAUAUCGAAGACAUCCUUACUGGAUGACUUCAUGUACUAUGAAAAUAGGCAGAAGAUCCUGCAGGAAGAAAAAGUGAGGCUGCUAGUUAAGAGCUACGAGAACCCAUACCUCGUGCCUCUAACAGAUCCUCACCGCAAGCUUAAUCCUAUUCUUGAUCCUUCUCCUAGUGAUGAUAAGAAAGUCGUCUCACAUGAUUCAAGCAGCUCCACCAUUAUUAACAAGAAUGAAUCUGAUUCUAAAGAAGAGGUUUCAAGACAUGCAGUUUCAGUGUCUGGCAAACCAGAUAUUGACACUGAAUUAAAGAUUGGUUCACUAACAAUUAAUCCGAAAGAGUCCGAUUCUGUGUGUUUGGUGCCUAAUACUGCGAGCAAAGCAAAUGCUGAUCUGAUUGAUGUUGUUACAGUAGGGUCUGUGCCCGUCAAAGUUAACAGUUCCACAGGAUCUUCUGGUUUUUUAACGGUGGGAACAAUCCCGCUUGAUCCUAGAGCUCUGCAGCUUGAUGAGAUUGGUUAUUCGAGCAAAAUGGAUCUCAAAAAUGGUGACGCACGGGCAAAUCUGGAAUACCAAUAG